UCUUAGUUCUGUGUGACUUCCCUGACUUUCCUUCGUCAGAGAAGCCCGUUCCCCCAGCAGUUGCUUCUUCGUUUCCGGCCCAAACCUGGGCUCCACCGGCCAUGCCGCCGCCGCCGCCGCUGCCGGACGAGCUCCUCGAGGAGAUCCUCCUCCGCCUCCCGCCAGAAGAUCCCGGCUGCCUCUUCCGCGCCUCUCUCGUCUGCAAGCCCUGGCGCAGCCGCCUCACCGGCUCCGCCUUCCCCCGCCUCUACCGCGAGUUCCACCGGACGCCUCCCUUGCUGGGAUUCUUCGAGAACGACGAUACGGUAUUCUGCUGGUUCACUCCCUUGUCCCCCACCUCCCCCUUCCUCCCCGUUCACCCCGACCACCGCAAUCUCUUCGUUCUCGACUCUCGCCACGGCCGUGUCCUCUUGAAUUCUGUCGGCCCGGACGGCGAACCCCUGGACCUCAUUGUGUGGGACCCCGUUGGCCGCCGCAAGUGGGAAUUGCCCUACCCGGCGUUCGCGGACUGGGUAACCGUCCCAGACAAUGCGGCGGUGCUCUGCGCCGUCGAUGGCUGCGACCACCUUGACUGCCAUGGAGGCCCCUUCCUCGUGGUCUACGUGGGCACUGAUGAAGACGGGGUCGCGCACGCUUGCGUCUACUCUUCAGAUUCUUGUGCCUGGAGCCCAGUGACAUCUUGUGAGCACCCUGAAUCCUUCCUCGAAGUCAUUAUCUGCUGGCCCAAAGCUCAUGUGGGAAAUGCUGUCUAUUUCCCGUGCACUUCAAGCACGAUUAUCCUGCGGUAUGACUUGUCCACCCAGGAACUAUCAAUGAUUACCUGGCCGGCCAUGUACAAGUGGCAGAACGCCAAUCAUAUCCUUAUGAGGACGGAAGACGGUGUGCUGGGAUGUGCCAGUUUACACGAGUCCAGGCUCGAACUAUGGUCGAUGGAGUCUCACACAGAUGGAACUGUGAAGUGGGUGCUAAGCAGAGUUGUGGAGCUCGAGAACUGGCUACCAUCUCGCCCCACUCAUGUCACUAGGUUCGUGGAUGGAGUUGGUAUAUGUUUUGUGCGGACAAAUCUUGGUAUCUUCUCAGUUGAGCUUAAGUCAGGCCGAGUUAAGAAGAUAUCCAACAGCAUGGUCCAAGUCAUUCCCUACAUGAGUUUCUACACUCCAGAUCAAUCUGGGGGUAUAAAGCCUCCAUCUACCCUGGCCUCCUCCUCAGAGAUCGUUGAGACGACCGGAGGUGAGCAACAUGAUUUGCUGCUGCAGCACUCAAGUGGGGAGGUGGGAGAUGUGAAGGAGAAAUGGGUAGACAAGGGAGAAAAGGAUUGCGAAUGGAAGGAGGGCGGGUGGCAUGAGGAGGGCUCGGUGGAGGAUUGGGAAUGGAAGGGUGAGAAAGAUGCGCAAGAGCUGUUUGAGAAGGGGUCCAAGGCCAUCGAGGAGGGGCAUUUUGUCGACGCCAAGGAUUUUUUGCAUCGUGCCCUCAAGAGCUGGGUGCUCUAUUGUGGGAGACUUUCUCCAAUGUGUGUUAGCGCAUAUUACAAAUAUGGAAUUGCUUUGCUGCGCAAAUCUCAAGCGAAGAUUGCACCACAUCAUCAACACGUAGUUGAGAGUUCAGCCAUCAGGGAUAAUACUGGAAGCUCAAAGGCCUCUGGUAGCAAUGUUAGGGAAGGUGAUACUGGAAAAGAUUUGGAUCUGGCCUGGAAAAUGUUAAAUAUUGCGAGGGCAAUUCUUGAGGAGUCCUUGCAUUCCUAUGGAGAAAGUUCUAACCUUUUGUGCUCUUGCUGAAGUCUCUAUGGAAAGAGAAGACAUAGACUACUCACUCCGUGCUUGCUUCAAAGCUUUAGCCAUCUUGGAGCAUUUGGUUGAGCCUGACCAUUGUCGAAUUGUCUUACUAAACCUCCAGAUAUUUCUGGCUCUGAAGUCGGCAUCCAAGAUUCGGGAUGCGCUCCCA